UUCAGGCCUGCGCACCGGAGUGUGUCUUCCUCAUCCUUAAAGGAAUCUGUCGAACCAAAGUGCAACAUAAUUUCUCUGUUCAGAGACUGGAUUAAAUCAUUAUUUCUGUUCCAAUUAAUCUACACUUGUGCUUUCGGAGACCAAAUUAAACUUAAUUUGAGUCUUGAGAGACUUUUAAUGGACCAUGGAGUGUGUUCCUGCUGUUCUAGAUGAAUUGGAUGGUAAAAAAGAGGCACCCAUAGAGGACCCCAAGUAUAAUGUGUACACGUGCUUCAUGAAAUCCCACCGCUGUUAUGAUCUUGUGCCCACCAGUUCCAAGCUUGUGGUCUUUGAUACUUCGCUACAGGUGAAGAAGGCAUUCUUUGCUCUAGUGUCAAACGGGGUGAGAGCAGCCCCUCUCUGGGACAGCAAGAAGCAAUGCUUUGUUGGGAUGCUGACCAUCACAGAUUUCAUCAAUAUACUUCACCGCUAUUACAAGUCUCCUCUGGUUCAGAUAUAUGAGUUGGAAGAGCACAAAAUAGAGACAUGGAGAGAGGUCUACUUGCAAGAUUCCUUCAAGCCUCUUGUGAGCAUAUCGCCGAACGCCAGUCUAUAUGAUGCAGUUUCAUCUCUACUGAAGCAUAAGAUCCACAGAUUACCUGUGAUUGAUCCACUAACAGGAAACACACUCUACAUUCUCACACACAAGAGGAUCCUCAAAUUCCUUAAACUCUUUAUAUCUGAGAUUCCAAAACCUGCUUUUCUCUCACAAACACUGGAGGAUUUGGACAUCGGAACGUUUGACAACAUUGCCGUGGUGCACUCCGACACGCCACUGUACACUGCUCUGGGAAUCUUUGUGGAUCAGAGGGUGUCCGCCCUGCCUGUGGUGGAUGAAAAUGGACGAGUGGUUGACAUCUAUUCCAAGUUUGAUGUUAUAAAUCUGGCAGCUGAGAAGACCUACAAUAACCUGGACAUCACUGUGACUAAAGCUCUACAGCAUCGCUCGCAGUAUUUUGAGGGUGUCCUCACCUGCAGAGCAAGCGAGACUCUUGAAGCCAUUAUCAAUAGACUGGUGGAGGCAGAGGUUCACAGGUUAGUGGUCGUGGAUGAGCAAGAAGUUGUAAAAGGCAUUGUAUCUCUCUCAGAUAUCUUGCAGGCUUUGGUGCUCACCAAUGGAGAAUGACGCUUGACCCAAGUAGAAAAGGCUGAAGGAGGAGGUCUUUCUAUCUUGCAUGAUUUCUGUGCAGCUGGAUGGAGCACAGAGAAGUAGUCAGCCAUAUAACAGCCGUUUAUUAAGCACAACGCAUUUAUUAGAUAUUCUAUUGCUCCGAUCAACACAAGAUGAAAGAAAAAAUGGCCUUUUGAUGAAAAGACUCACAAAAAUACAAUUAUUUUAGCAGCGGAUGUGACAUCAGUCCAUCACUUUAUUGGCUGCUUUGUCUACACAAAAGGAAGAAAAAAAAAAACAAGCAAUAGAAAUGUAGGUGAAAGCAAAGCAGCUGUUUGGAUCACAAAGGUUGUACCUAGAAAUAACAUGUACUUGUUACACAAGUCGUAAAGGUGUUCAAGUAUCACUGGAGAAGAAAGCUAGUGUUUAAAUCUAGAAUUAGAGACAAAAACAUUCCGUUGAUCACCUGAAAGCAGGUUUAUGUAGUAUGUUUUCGUUGGUAUCUCAAAGGGCAUUUUUUUUUUUUUUUUUUUUUGUUUGACAGUUGCUUAUUUCACACAGGUAAGUUCUCUAAGUAACUUGACUGAAAUGGACUGUUUCUAAAUUGACACGGUCACUCUUUCAGUAUUCAGGAGAGUGUCAUUUCUUAGUUUUGUCUCAUGAAGAGGCGUGUGGUUUGUGAUUACAGGGGUCUCUCUGACACGUUGCCUGUGUGAAAAUCAAAGUUUAUUUUUAGUCCAGCGCUAAGAGCCAUUUCUACUUCCUUUACAAUGUGAAAACGGAGCAAAGAUAUGGGAGUGUUUUUGUAAAAUAAAAUUUUUUACAUUUAAUCAAUGAAUUUUCGUAUAAUCAGAAUCCCCAUACACCACAUUGUUCAAGGCAACAGUGCUCACCCACUUUUUCAGCCUUCUUGGCUUGAUAAGUAUUUUCCCCAUUUAUUUCUUCCACAGGCAUUUCAGAAAGUACCUCAAAAGAGUUGUAAGCCAUGAAUCAAACCAACCAGCUCCGAGGUGUAUAACAUCAUUACAAAGUUUGAUUUGAAGCAAAAAAAAAGUCCAAGUUUAAAUUGAUAAUGAACUACAAUCCAUGCGAUUGCUUCAUGCAAACAUUGUGAAUGAUGUAAAAAAAACUAUGAAAUAAGACACAAUUAUUAAUUUUAAAUGGUUGAUUUUUAGUACAGAAACAAUAUACCGGUAUUUAAAUUUGAUUGUAAAAUAUCCAUAUUUAUGCAAAUAUAAAAGCAGUUCGAGCGUGUAGAGAGACUUGACUCGAUUGUGCAUUACCAAUUUGGUCAGACAUAAAUCUACGUGAUUCUCUGAUUGAUGGAUAGUUUCUCUUCAAGAUUCACAGGUGUAAUUCUUCACUCGAAAUCUCACUGUUAAACACACAAAAGUUGAAAUAAUGCAGACUAAUGGCAUCAAAAUAAAUUUUAACCUUGGACCUUACGAUACGUCUGUCUUUAAAGGUCUGUAAGUUAUAAAAAUUUUGCCUGUGGAGAAAAUAAAUGAUUUUUACGACCAGACCCAGACUGUUGCACUCAUAUACUGUAUAUAUGAACGUGAUCAAGAGGAAGAUGGAUGGUCACAAGCCAUCAAACAAAGCUGAUCUGCUUCAAUUUUUGCGCCUGGAGUGGCAUAAAAUCACCCAACAGAAAUAUGAAAGACUGGUAGAGGGCAAGAUGCAUGAAAGCUGUGAUUGAAGAUCAGGGUUAUUCCACCAAAUAUUGAUUUCUGAACUCCUCCUAAGUUAAAACAUUAGUAGUGUGUUGUUUAAAAAUUAAUAUGAACUUCUUUGCAUUAUUCGAGGACUGAAAACACUGCAUCCUUUUUAUUUUAGCCAGUUGUCAUUUUCUGCAAAUAAAUACUCUGACAAUUAUUUUAAUUUUGGAGAAAUGUUGUCAGUACUUAAGAAUAAAACAAAAAUUUUCAUUUUACUCUCACGUACCUAUAAAAAGUAAAUCCAGAGAAACUGAUAAUUUUGCAGUGGUCUCAAUUUUUCCCAUAGCUGUAUAUUCAUGUUAUCAAGCAGAAAUAUGUCUUGGCUGUUUUGGCUCAGAUGUGUUAACAAUGCUCAGGUUAUACAUUGCAGAAUUGUGUUCAUGUAUAGUUAGUGCCUAAAAUGUUGCUACUGAUUUCAUUUCGCUUAAAGAUCCACACUUGUUAAACAGCUAAAAAUACUGUCAUAAAUGUGUUGACGUUUGAAGUAUAAAGUGAUUUUAUAAUUAUAAAGAGUGAAGUUCAACAAAGGGACAGUCACAAGGAGUGAACAUAUCAAAAUAAUUGAGCAAAGCUGUUAAGAAUCUUCCACUCCUCGAUUACUCGCUGUAAAUUAUUGCGAAAAUCUCAUUGUGAGGAUUGACUCAUUUUAAUGUAAUUCAUCUGAGUUGAAAACUGGUUUGUUGAACUUUUUAAAAUGUGACCAUUGAAACAUCAAAUUCAGAAUAUUUUUUUACAGGCCUGUUGUUUUUGGAUGGCUUGCACUUGUUUGUUGUCUUUUUAGUAUCGUAUCCAGACUUGCUAUGGAAAAAAGAUAAAUUUCACCAUGAUAAUGUAAAAUAUUUAGCUGGUCUCUCUCUCUGUAAUAAUUUUUGAAUACACUUAAAUUUAAAUACACCUGAACUGUUUUCUAAUUCUCUCAUGUGAAAGAUGUUUUAU